CUUUCGGGGAUUGAUUAGAUCAUGCAACCCUUAUGCAUGUGGGAUAUCUAUUCUUUCUCUAAGGCAUGAACAAUUCAGCGCAGUGAGGCUUACUCACAGGCAGGUUCAUUUUUGGUAGCUGCAGAGUAUAUUGGUAUAACACAAGGGUGCACUAAGAGUCGCUUUGAUUGGUUAUGUGUUUUGUAGACAUUCCUUGGGAUCGGGAAUAUACUUGUUUUUUAAAUAGACUCUUGCAGUGGAUAUUUUAAAGCAUAAGUAGGAAUUCAGAAGAAAGGGAACGAGUAGAGUGUGUCUUUAAAUACAAGUACUUUUCCUAAAAAAAAAAACCCAGGCGCAAGUUGCCGCUGUAUUUAGAGGGGGGAAACACUGAUCGUUUGGAAACAGCUUGCUGCGUGACAAGACGAGACGAGGUGUUUUUACUUUCACUGCCAGAACAGUGGGUCCACAUUGCCAAUGCAAUAAGUAAAAACAUAUAAGAACGGAAUUGAAUUACAUACACAAGCUCUGACCUGCGCAGUCUUGUAAAGGUGAUGAAGCCUACGAACACAUCCACCUUUUCUACAAGACGUUGCCUUGGAGACAACAUUUCUUCAUUAAAAACUGAAUGGAAAUGACAUAUGAGUGCUUUACCUUGUCCACAGGAGAGCAGAAGGCGUUUUAAAUGUUCUUUGAAUUUCCUUCCCCUGGUGUUGUUCCUCCAAUAAUGAAGCUUCCUCAAGCUUAAAGCAUUUUUUAAAGAUGAGCAUCUUUCUGUUGCUGGUGAUCUUGUUAUCAGAAGAAAUUGGCUUGGUAAACUUUAGCUUCCUGGUCGGCGCCCAGGCAAAUGAAAGGCGGGUAGUUGCUCAUGUAACUGGGGACAUCAUCAUUGGGGCCCUGUUCUCGGUCCACCAUCAACCCCCUGCAGACAAAGUGCAUGAGAGGAAGUGUGGGGUGAUACGGGAGCAAUAUGGCAUCCAAAGGGUGGAAGCCAUGCUCCAUACUCUGGACAGAAUCAACUCAGAUCCCAAAAUCUUACCAAACAUAACCCUAGGCUGUGAAAUCCGGGACUCCUGCUGGCAUUCUGCUGUAGCUCUGGAGCAGAGCAUCGAAUUCAUAAGGGACUCGCUUGUCUCCUCGGAGGAAGAAGAGGGAUUGGUGCGCUGCACAGAUAGCGCCACCACACCGGUCCUUGUCAAAAAGCCAAUUGUUGGGGUGAUAGGUCCAGGCUCCAGCUCCGUGGCCAUUCAGGUCCAGAACCUGCUUCAACUCUUUAAUAUACCUCAAAUUGCCUAUUCUGCCACAAGCAUGGACCUCAGUGAUAAAACAUUGUACAAGUACUUCAUGAGGGUGGUUCCAUCGGAUGCUCAACAGGCCCGGGCAAUGGUGGACAUUGUAAAAAGAUAUAACUGGACCUACGUCUCAGCCAUUCACACUGAAGGUAACUACGGAGAAAGCGGGAUGGAGGCCUUCAAAGACAUGGCAGCCAAGGAAGGGAUCUGCAUUGCUCAUUCCUACAAGAUCUACAGCAAUGCUGGUGAGCAGAACUUCGAUAAACUACUGGGGAAGCUGAUGAGCCACCUCCCCAAGGCACGAGUGGUGGCCUGUUUCUGUGAGGGCAUGACUGUCCGAGGAAUUCUAAUGGCUAUGAAGAGACAAAACCUAGUAGGGGAGUUCCUACUGCUUGGAAGUGAUGGCUGGGCAGACCGGUAUGACGUCACAGAAGGGUAUCAGAGAGAGGCAACAGGGGGCAUAACAAUAAAGCUGCAGUCACCAGAUGUCAAGUGGUUUGAUGAGUAUUACCUGAAGCUACGACCUGAGACCAACCUAAGGAAUCCCUGGUUCCCUGAAUUCUGGCAGCACCGCUUUCAAUGCAGACUCAAGGGACAUGCGCAGGAGAAUUUCAAAUACAAUCGCACCUGUAAUAGUCGCAUGUCUUUAAAAGAGCAGUAUGUUCAAGACAGCAAGAUGGGGUUUGUGAUCAAUGCUAUCUACUCCAUGGCCUACGGACUACACUUUAUGCAGCAAGCCCUUUGUCCAGGAUAUGCAGGACUCUGUGAUGCCAUGAAACCCAUAGAUGGAAGAACACUAUUAGAAUUCCUGAUGAAAACCAACUUCAGUGGGGUUUCUGGAGAAGGAAUCUUAUUUGAUGAGAACGGAGACUCGCCAGGAAGGUAUGAGAUAAUGAAUUUUAAGAAAAUCGGGAAGGAUUACUUUGAUUACAUCAGUGUUGGAAGCUGGGACAGCAGUGGACUGAAAAUGGAUGAUGAUGAGAUCUGGUCAGACAAAAAUACAAUCAUCCGAUCGGUCUGCAGUGACCCGUGCGAGAAAGGGCAAAUAAAGGUGAUCCGCAAGGGUGAAGUGAGCUGCUGCUGGACGUGUACACCGUGUAAAGACAAUGAAAUCAUCUUUGAUGAAUAUACCUGCCAGGCCUGCGUGCUGGGAUCCUGGCCCAAUGACGAUCUCACAGACUGUGACCCGAUCCCAGUGGAGUAUCUCAGAUGGGGGGAUCCUGAACCAAUUGCAGCUGUCGUGUUUUCCUGUCUAGGUCUGCUAGCAACUUUAUUUGUGACUUUUAUAUUUAUCACGUACCGCGACACCCCCGUGGUCAAGUCAUCCAGUCGGGAACUGUGCUACAUUAUUUUAGCAGGCAUCUGUUUGGGCUACCUAUGCACUUUCUGUCUCAUAACCAAACCUCACAUCAUAUACUGCUAUCUCCAAAGGAUUGGCAUUGGACUGUCCCCUGCAAUGAGCUACUCCGCUUUGGUAACCAAGACUAACCGUAUAGCUCGGAUUCUUGCAGGAAGCAAGAAGAAGAUCUGCACCAAGAAACCCCGGUUCAUGAGUGCCUGUGCCCAGUUGGUGAUUUCUUUCAUACUAAUCUGCAUCCAACUGGCUAUCAUCGUAGCUCUUUUCAUAAUGCAGCCCCCUGAAGUCAUACAUGAUUACCCCAGCAUCCGCGAAGUCAACCUAAUCUGCAACACCACUAACAUAGGGGUAGUCGCUCCUUUGGGAUACAACGGAUUGUUGAUUCUGAGCUGCACUUUCUAUGCGUUCAAGACCAGGAAUGUCCCUGCCAACUUCAAUGAAGCGAAAUACAUCGCCUUCACCAUGUAUACCACUUGCAUCAUAUGGCUUGCCUUCGUGCCCAUCUACUUUGGCAGCAAUUAUAAAAUCAUCACCAUGUGCUUCUCCGUCAGCCUGAGUGCCACGGUGGCACUGGGCUGCAUGUUUGUGCCAAAGAUCUAUAUCAUUCUGGCCAAGCCGGAGAGGAAUGUACGCAGCGCUUUCACCACCUCCACUGUGGUACGCAUGCACGUCCGUGACGGCAAAUCGUCCUCGGCUGCCAGCCGCUCCAGCAGUUUGGUCAACCUGUGGAAAAGGAGAGGCUCCUCUGGAGAGACUUUAAGCUCAAAUGGAAAGUCAGUGACCUGGGCCCAAACUGAACAAAGUAACAGGGGACACCACCUCUGGAAACGCUUGUCCGUCCACAUCAAGAAGAGAGAAAACAAUCAGACCGCAGUCAUCAAACCUUUCUCCAAGGCCUCAGAAAACAAGUUCAUCAGCAACACCACACCCAACACCAGUUCCAAAAUGUUAUAUGAAGUCUCAGAAGCCGAGGAGCACUAUCCACUUCAGUACCGACCACAGACGCCUUCUCCAAUCUGCACUGUGAGUCAAAGAGCAUCCUCAGUCGGGCGGAAGGAGGAAGAGGCCCCAUCCUAUCUUGCUGACAACCCACAGAGGAGCAGCUCCUCCCAAGGUUCUCUGAUGGACCAGAUCAGCUGCGUAGUCAACCGUUUCACCGCCAACAUCAGUGAGUUAAACAGCAUGAUGCUUUCCACAUCCCCUCCAGGGGCUGUGGGCUCCACGACUAACUGCCCGACUUACCUGAUUCCCAGGGAGAUGCAGCUCCCCACCACCAUGACUACAUUCGCUGAGGUCCAGCCCCUCCCUGCCAUCGACGGGAACGGGCACUCGCAGGGUGCCAGCAAGACAUCGUCUACCAGUAUUAAAGAUGGCACCUCAGAGUCUUCGGCAGUCAAAACGGACUUCGAAGAGCUGGUGGCUCUUACCCCUCCCUCUCCUUUUAGAGACUCCAUUGACUCCGGAAGCGCCUCGCCAACCUCUCCCGUCUCUGAGUCGGCACUCUGCAUCCCCUCAUCGCCUAAGUACGAUACGCUUGUGCUGAGGGAUUACAGUCAGAGCUCCUCUUCGCUGUGAACACAGUCAUGGAAUAGGGAAAGCGAAUACAGUGCAAGAUUCUCUGAAUCUUUAACAUAGUGUAUGGCAAAAUAAAAUUAAAAAAAAACACGUUUACAUGAAUUCAGUGGUGGAAAUAGAUAAAGCACGAGAUGAUGAUAUGAAAUACGUCUGGUGAAACUGAUGAACAUUUUGUUUUGAAUUAUUUGAAAUGUGGGGUGUUCAAAGUCAACAUGACUUUGUAGUAUCUUUUUGUGGUUUUAAUUUGGCAGUGGCCUUAGAAAACAUGGGCUUUCAACUAAUUAGGGCUGUCCAAAUUCUGGCACUAAUGGAACAUUUCAGUUUGCAUUACAGUUGGGCUCUGAAUAUAUUUGUUUGUAUUGUUUUGUUAACUGUGUACAUAGAAAAACUACAGGCAAUACAAAAUGUCAGAGGUUGAGUGCUGUCUUGUGUACUGGAAAAUACAGAUUUCAGGGGGGGUUGGAGCUACAAAAAAACUAGACUGGAAUGCUUUUUGGUGUUAGAUUUGGUCAGCUUUGCAAAUACUGUAAAUAUAAACAAAUUUGGGAGGCUAUAGCGGCAAAUUAUCAAACACGCUAUAAAAAAGUGCUUUGCUUUACUACCAUGACAAAUUAAAUGUAUAUAUAGACGAUUGUGUAACUCAAAAAAGAAUAUUUGUUUGUUUGCUUGUUUGUUUGUCUUUUUUCCCCAAAAGUGAACUUCACAUUUUCUUAAAAGUUGGAAUGUAUAUUUUCUAAAUAGUAAUACAUAAUAUGGGACCAAAACAAUUACAUUGACAAUAGAUCCUAAUAGUAUAGAAUCGUAAAGUAAAAAGAAAUAUAGACACAGUUGAUGUGCUGCCAUUUACUGAAACAAAGCCAGGGUACUGGCCAGUAUAUCUGUGAAUCAGCCAUUUCAAAGCAAAAAACAAGCAAAGAAAAUAUGUUAAUGUGAACAAAGAAAUAGCAAUUCAUAAUAAUGAUGGCUUUUGUACAGUGAACAGUGUCCAUGUUGUGGAAUCACAAAGAAAAGUAUAAAGAACAUUUGCAGUAAAGGAGACAUUUUGCUCCAUGCCUUGCAUCUGUUAGUGUUCUUCUUUUUAAAUCCAUUUUAAGACAGGCUCUUCAUUUCCCAGUGCAAAUAUUUUGCAUAUGAAAGACAUGGUUUAUCACAGAGGUAGGAUUAAACAACUGUAAACUGGACAACUACUGUACCGAGAAAAGGUGGAAUGUACUUUAUAUUGAUGGAAUAGUGCACAAAUGUGAAUGGUCUGAUAUUGAACGUAAUUUGUUCACCAAGAUGCCAGUAAACACAGGAUUAAAACAUUUUUGUAUCAUAAAAAUGUAAAUAUAAAGGGAAGCUCAUACUUCAAAUAUGUAUCAUAUUGUAAGUCUGCAUACAUUGGUUCUACUGAACUUAAUGUUAAUAAAAACAGUUGUGAAUCAAUUGUCCAUAAUAUAUAUGUUGACCGACCCCCCCCCCCCCCCCCCAAAAAAAAAGAACGGGUCAUACAUCAAAGCAAUAUUAACAAUUCCAAAAGUAAUACAUAGCUCCUAAAUUUAAUAUACCAGUAAUACAAUAUGCUGCUGGUAAAAAAAGGUUAAAUAAAUGUAAUCCAUAACAAUUAUUGGUCAGUAGGUAUUACAUCAAUAAAGUAGAUAUGUUGAGUAUUACUAUAAUUAGUCAUGUUUCGGGCAAGUGAGUGAGGCCACAAGUAUAACCAAUGCUUUAGAGAAACUUGAGACUGCUGCAAGAGAGACAUAAAUGGUAUGUCUCCAUGGCACGUUGAUGCCUAUAGCGGCGCUAUAAUUUCAACCUUAAUGGCUCGUCACCAUUUUAUAAAAUAACAACAAUGCUAAGGCACUACUCAAGCAGGGGCACAUGUGUUCUUAUUUAAAAUAUGUUUAUUUCCUUAUAUAAGUAACCCAUUUGUGGUCAGGCAAUCUAAAAAUAUCUAGAAUAUCUUAUUAAUGAAAAAAAUUAACAUGUUAAAGGGUAUAGCUAAAAAUGAAGUUUGAUGUAUACAUUUAUUUGAAGUGAUAUUUUUCAGAAUGUCUCUAUAACUAUCUCUAACUGGUCUUUGAAUUGUGAAAAAUAUUGAAUUUGUUAUCUUUUUUUUCUUUUAGAUCUUUUGAGAGACAAUUCAAUGAUAUUCUUCUACUAAACAUUUUCAUUCCAGUAAAUCACCAAACUUGUUUUAACCAUACCUGAUGAUGGUGUUUAGGAUUUACCAGUAUCACCAUACUGAUGAAUUUCAAAACAACAGUAUAGUAUUAUUAUUUGUUUAUUUAGCAGACGCCUUUAUCCAAGGCGACUUACAGAGACUAUGGUGUGUGAAUUAUGCAUCAGCUGCAGAGUCAUUUACAAUUAUGUCUCACCCGAAAGACGGAGCACAAGGAGUUUAAAUGACUUGCUCAGGGUCACACAAUGAGUCAGUGGCUGAGGUGGGAUUUGAACCAGGGACCUCCUGCUUACAAGCCCUUUUCUUUAACCACUGGACCACACAGCCUCCUACUAGUAUAUACAUAGAGUUGAAAGCUCAGUGUCACAAUAUGGGAGUAGGAAAUAUGCCUACAAGGUCAAAAACAUUUUCUAAUCCAAUCAAACUCAAAGCCUGUUAAUGGCAGCUAUAGACACUAAAGAGAGAAAAAAAAAACUAAUUAAAUUAUAUAUUGUUUAUGGUUACAACAUAAUUCGAAAGGAAGUAAAGGAUACCUAUUUUCGGCCAUAGUCUUAUAGGAAAUAUUCAAAACCAUAUGUGUUCCAGCUCCUCCCAUGACUAUGCCUCUCUGCACACAGUUGGUACUGGUCAGUCAUUGUUAUUAUCAUUGGUUGAACUGGCAGCCAUUUUGCCAGAGCACUGUAACAUGAUGUCAUGGCCUUUUACAUUUGCAAUAGGCACCAGCUCAUGCCAGAUGUUGCCAUGGGAGGAGACUUACUACUAAAGAGUAUGGAUAGUGUUUUUGAACAGUAAAACUGUACAUAAUCACUUAAAUAUGUGAUAUCCAGAUUACGUAUAUUUCUAGUCCAGCAAAUAAAUGUUACAGAUCUCAAACCCUGACUAUUAUUGCAGGAAAUAAAUUCAAUUUUAAUAGCCAUGGUAUUUUGAUACUAUGGUAACAUGCCGUUAAUAUGAAAUGUACCUGGAUAUUUUUAACUGCUGUGCAUACUGAAUGCUUUCAGAAUAUUUUUUGAAGAAGAUGAAUAUAAAAAGUACUGCAAAAAAAAAAAAAAGAUUAUGUUAUAUAGAAUGUUAACAAAAAUCAUGUGUAUAUUAAAAGGUAAUAUUGAGGGAAUGUGAUCCAUAGAAUCCUAUGGAGGCUGUGAUUGUUUGGGAAAAAGACAUUUGUCCAAUUCUAUUGAUGAGAAACAUUUUCAUGUAUAUUAAUAAUUUCAACAUGAACCAGUGCCAAUUCUAAGAAUUCUGUAUGGGCUAUUUAAGUGCAACUUCUUUUUGUUACUUACCUUUGAUAACUGUUUUAAAUGUUUUUUUUUGUGUGUGUGUAAAAUGUGUUCUAAGUUUUCUGCUGCUUUUCUGCCUACUGAAAUAUAGAAUGUAAAAUGCUAUGGACGUGAAACUGGAACAAAUUUUUAUUACUAUUUAUUGACAUUUUUAAUAGUUUCAUUCAGCUUUGUAAAUGUAAAAAAAUAUAUAUGAUCCAAGCUGUAUAGGAACGCAUUUCACUGUUUUUGAGUUUUCUAACCAUAAAAAAGGAAAAAAAAUUGUUAAUGUACUGUAGAGUACUUUUUGAACAUUAUUAAAACCUGUGGUACAUG